GCACUAUUCUCUUCUCGACUUCCUUCAAAGAAACAUCGUGCAUCAUCAGAUUAUCAUUAGAGUGGACUCGUCUCUCGUCCUCGUCGUCACCUACUACACAAUUCACAACUCGCUACAACAAUCAAGCAACAACUUUGCAGUUCACUACCAAAACUUUUCAAAAAGACUUUUCUUCACUUGAUCAUUGGUACACAAUCUGCUAAAACUGUACACAUGUGUGUUACGUGACAUUAUUAUACCACCAGAAUGAAGGAUACAAAGUUUGUUUAGUACUCGUAUGUUUUGUACACGUAUGAACAUGUACGAUAAGCAUGCAAUUAUGGAACCACUGCUAAAUAGUGCAAUCAAACUAUUAUAAGCUAAUACAGUGAUUAAAAAUAUAUUAACUUUGUGCAGCUUGUAAUCCAUUGCAUACAUACUAUUAUCACAAACUGUCAAGUGCAAAAACGAGUUUCAUAAAGAAGCUAACUGAAAAGCACGGUUUUUUUUUCUGGUGAGCAAGUGCAAAUUUGGUUUCUUGCGGAAAUGCCAGGAAUUGAAUAUAAUGUUUCAUGAUGAUAUACAAAUCUGAUCAAAGUUCAGCUUCAUUCGGUGGAGUAUCUCAUUUAGUCUUAACUUAUCUCGGGCUGAUUUUGAUACAACUUCAGCUCAAUUUUGAGAACAGUGUAGCAUUUACCUCUGCUAGAGGGUCGACGCUAACUGCAGUUCAUCCACAAAGGAUCUUUUAUGCCAAUGGGAUGAAUAAGACGUCUUUACCAGAAUGUGGACAUUUGUCCGUUUGCAACAAGAUUGAUGUUUACGACAAGCUGUGGAUUGAAAAACAAUGCAAGUGCCCCUCUCAUGCCCCCGUCUGCUCAACUUCCACCCAUUCAAAUGAUGGUCACACUGUUAGCGAUAAGACUCGACUUUAUAAGAUUUGCGAACCCGUGAGAAAAUUGCCAAAAUGUAGAUACUUUCGUGAUAUCACGUGGGUGCUGACUACGAAAAAUGAUACUUUAGUGAACCAGGUAGUCAACUGCAUUUGUCCGAAAGAUUCUGUAGCAUACAUGAUCAAACGUCAAGCGUUCACAGAAUCCGACGAUAGCGUAGGGUUCAGAUACUCGUUUGCCUGCUCACCUCCAACCCGGGUUCUAUGCCAGAGGAAGGAGCCUUGCAGACUAUUCAGUGUAAAAAGAAGAUCCUCGUUUACGGAAGUGAACACUAGUGUAUUGUGUCACUGUCCGAGAGGCUUUGAGUGUCCAAGUCAUCAUACCGACUCCACUGUUAUUCCUGGAAAAUUCUAUGACCUCUUGACCAGGACAUUUUCUGGCUACUGUGUAUAGCAUAUGAAGGUCUUAGUCUUGAGCACUUUCAACCAAAAUCAUGACAUUAUUUUUCUCCACUCCUCUUGGAGCUUCUACUUAGCCUAUUAGAUUAAUAACAAUAACGGUGCCAUGAAGCUCUCAAUGAGCAAAAUACGUGAGAAAACAUAUAUUUCACAUAUUUGUGAAUAGCAAGAAUAGUAUUUCACAUAUGUCGUAGCGAAUUAGAUUAGUGAAGUGAUGUUAAAGCUAAAAUGAACAAAAGUAUGUAUAACAAAUGAAGAAGAUAUACAAAAUCCUUAAACAAGACUGGUGAAGUUAUGAAUAUUUCAAUAUCAACUUUCUUAAACUUUCCUAAUAGAAAUGAGAGAAACGUGUUAAAGGCCAAACUUUUUGCUCAAACGAUAUAAUGCAACUGAAGCAGUACUACUACUACUACUACAGAUCACAAAAAUACGGUACAACCAAGUUAAAAAACUGCAAGUAGAGACGUAUUUCUAUAGUACAACGAUAUAAAGUAUUUUUGGAAUGGAUGACAAUCAGGAAACCAUAGUCAAUAUUUGUCGGCCUCAAGGUUAUAACAGGGCUGGUAUUUAGAUUUUAAUUUACAGC